AUGAUAUCACCUGUUGGGAUACGAAAUAAAUACUGGCUUAGCAUCGAUAAAACGGCUAUGGUUAUUAAAUGUGGAUGGGGUGAACCACGACCGUUGUUGACUGCUGUUAAGCUGGAUUCCAAGCAGCCACAACUACAAAGUUUACAAAAUAUCUAUCUAGGGUACACUGGUAAUGGUGCCGACCGAACACCAGUUGACGAACGUUCCAAUCAGAAUACCAUUACUGAUAUUCAACAACUCAUUAAAGAGAAACAUCUGACAAUCCGUGUGAUAAAAUCACUGGUCCCCAGUAAGGAACGAUCGCUCCGGCUCUUGCCACUGGGCGUCGAAUUUUGUCAUGAACACGAAAUACCAAGAGAUAUAUCAUGGGAAGUGGCUGAACUCUACAACAGUAUUGCGUAUUAUAAAGCAAUGAUUGAUCGUGCCUGCGAGCAGUUUCCACAGUUUAUCGAAACUAUUCGACGAAGCAUUUCACAUCCAAACGGUGCUUGCGGAAAAACUUUAGAUAAAAAAGCCAAGUUAAGUUCAUUUGGUCUCCCCGGCACAUAUUUACGAAUCACAUUCGGCGAACACUACGGUAAUUCACCGGGUCAUCGAUUUGUCCUAGAAAUCUGGCCGAAAGGUCACUUUAGUCCUAUUCAUCAACAUGCCGAUGCACACGGUGUCAUCAUGGUUUAUCACGGACAUAUUUUGAUUAGUCUCUACGCUGCACUUGAUCCUGCCAAUCAGAUUCCAUUCAAACAGCAAUUAUUCGGUCCCAACGAUAUUACCUACCUGACCCGUGAUCUGAACCAAACCCACAAGGUGGAAAAUUUUUCUCAUGACGUCUGUCUUACAAUGCAAUGUUACCAAUAUGAAGCUAAUGAUCAGGAACAUUACGGAAAUUUUCAGAUUAUUAAAAAUCACGAUUUAGAACAAACACAUCCUGCCAAUCCAAAAUCGGACAUGGAUUUCAAGGAUUUUCUGAAUCAAAUGCAUGAAGAGUGGAUUUCAACUUAUGCAAAGGAAGUUCGACUGUAA